AUGGAAGGAAUCACGAAGGUGAAAAGGAUGCCCGACCACCCGAUCUACAAGCAUUACUUCUACUUUAAUGAUCCAAAGAAGAAGGGCGACCAAGUGGAGUGCGAGUAUUGCAACAAGACUUUCGCUUGGAGUAGUAGCCGUUGCCUCGAGCACAUCGCCGAGUGGCACGAUCCCCACCGGCGGCGCGAGGCGGGAGUGGUUUGCAAGCAUGUGCCGAAGGAGAUUUCGAAGGAGAUUCGCGAGAUGUUCGAAGCGAAGGUUCGCGCGCGCAACCAAAAAGCGAAGGCGACGGAAGCGGCGCUCGUUGCGGUGAGCGGCAAGAGCGCGGCGGGAGGGAGGGGGAACAAGCGCGGGCGCAUGGAAGAUUUCUACGGCGAGGGUGGCGUCGUGGCAAAGAAGGCGGCCGACGAAUCGAUCGUCCUCUACCUCGCGGGGACGCGCACAUCGGAGCGCCAGUGCGAGCACCCGCUCUUCCUCAACAUGUUGCGCGCCGUCGCCGCAGCCGGCCAGGGAUAUGUCCCCCCCAAGCGGCACUACGUCGGAGGCGCCGGCCUUCAAGACUGCAAGCUGCGGAUCGAGAAGGCGCUGUCGCCCGUGACGAAGUCGUGGAGGGAGACAGGCGUUACCAUCGCCAGCGAUAUGAUGCAGGACGUGAGCGGCCGGGCGCAGAUGAACGUUAUUUGCAUCAACGACACUGGAGCUGUCUUCGUUGAGGCAGUUGACUGCAAGGCUGCGACGAAGAGUGGCAAGUUCAUCGCUGGCGUCCUGCGGCCGAUCAUCGAGCGCAUCGGGGCAGAGCACGUCGUUGCGCUGUGCACGGACGGCGGCAGCAACUACAAGCGUGCUGGCAAGCUGCUGCAGAAGGAGUGGCCGCAUCUCGACCUAGUUCCCUGCGCCACUCACGUGAUGGACCUGCUGAUGGAGGACAUCGGCAAGAUGGGCUGGGCGCAGCUGGUCGUGACUCAGGCCGACGAUAUCAUCAGCUUCGUGCGCGCGCACCAGUGGACACGGGCAUUUCUGCGGCUCCCGGAGCUGCACGGCGAGAAGAAAUCGCUGCAGGCCCUGAAGCCGGCAGGCACGCGCUUUGGAACGCAAUACAUCGCUGUGUCUCGUCUGCGCGCCAUUCGCCCCCAGCUGCAGGCGAUGGUGGCGCACAAGGACUGGGCGGAGAAGGGGGGGAGCACGCAGACGGGAACGGAUUUUGAAGGGUGGGUGAGCGACCCAGCGUGGUGGAAGAAGGUGGACUUCUUUGUGCAGCUGAUGGAGUUGUUCUACAGCGUGAUGCGGAGGACGGACUCAGCGGCGAAGGGGAUGAUGGGUCAGCUUUACGACAUAAUGCUGCAGCUGACGGAGGAGGUGGAUAAGAUGCUGGAUGGGAGGGAGUGUAAGCUGAGCAGGGCGGAUAAGGAGAAGGUGAGGGAGCAUUUGAGGAAGCGGUGGGAUGAGAGCCUGGCAUGCCCCCUCCACGUGGCAGGCCGGAUCUUGAACUCGGCCAACCAGGAGGAGGGGAUUUUCCUACAGGAUCCGGAGUGCACCAAGGUCAUGCAGGACUGGUUGGAGCGCAAGCAGCUCUUCGUAGACAGAUACUGGGGGAAGGCGCGCGGCAAGAAGGGACCGGUGCGGCCGCUGCACGAGGGUGUGACGGCCUACAUCAACGGCGAUGGGAAAUUCGGCUCGGACACCGCGACCGAGGGGCGGCCUAGUGUGGUGGGAAGGAAGGGGGUGGUGUUGGAGGGGAACAUCACCCCCCCUCCCCUCCCCGAGGGGUACAAAUUGGAGGAGGAUGAGGAGGUGGACGCGGACGAGGACGCCGUGUGCGUCGAUGAGUGGGAGGGGCAGGAGGAGGAGGAUGAGGAGGAGGAGGAGGAGGAGGAGGAGGAGGAGGAGGAGGAGGAGGAGGAGGAGGAGGAGGAGGAGGAGGAGGAGGAGGAGGAGGAGGAGGAGGAGGAGGAGGAGGAGGAGGAGGAGGAGGAGGAGGAGGAGGAGGAGGAGGAGGAGGAGGAGGAGGAGGAGGAGGAGGAGGAGGAGGAGGAGGAGGAGGAGGAGGAGGAGGAGGAGGAGGAGGAGGAGGAGGAGGAGGAGGAGGAGGAGGAGGAGGAGGAGGAGGAGGAGGAGGAGGAGGAGGAGGAGGAGGAGGAGGAGGAGGAGGAGGAGGAGGAGGAGGAGGAGGAGGAGGAGGAGGAGGAGGAGGAGGAGGAGGAGGAGGAGGAGGAGGAGGAGGAGGAGGAGGAGGAGGAGGAGGAGGAGGAGGAGGAGGAGGAGGAGGAGGAGGAGGAGGAGGAGGAGGAGGAGGAGGAGGAGGAGGAGGAGGAGGAGGAGGAGGAGGAGGAGGAGGAGGAGGAGGAGGAGGAGGAGGAGGAGGAGGAGGAGGAGGAGGAGGAGGAGGAGGAGGAGGAGGAGGAGGAGGAGGAGGAGGAGGAGGAGGAGGAGGAGGAGGAGGAGGAGGAGGAGGAGGAGGAGGAGGAGGAGGAGGAGGAGGAGGAGGAGGAGGAGGAGGAGGAGGAGGAGGAGGAGGAGGAGGAGGAGGAGGAGGAGGAGGAGGAGGAGGAGGAGGAGGAGGAGGAGGAGGAGGAGGAGGAGGAGGAGGAGGAGGAGGAGGAGGAGGAGGAGGAGGAGGAGGAGGAGGAGGAGGAGGAGGAGGAGGAGGAGGAGGAGGAGGAGGAGGAGGAGGAGGAGGAGGAGGAGGAGGAGGAGGAGGAGGAGGAGGAGGAGGAGGAGGAGGAGGAGGAGGAGGAGGAGGAGGAGGAGGAGGAGGAGGAGGAGGAGGAGGAGGAGGAGGAGGAGGAGGAGGAGACCUAG